CACGACAGUGUUGUUGUUCAUAGAUAAUGAACUUGAGUGCCAUGAGUUCGUGAAUUUGCGUUAAUAUUAAUCACCGGGAUAUUUUUGCUUUGCUCUUAUCAUCGUCUAUCCACCGGUCACAUUUUCUAAGUACAUAUUAACGAUAAACAAUAGUCGCUUGUGCAUAGUUCAAUACCUAUUUACAGCAUAAAUACAUAGGUACCACCUAUUCUUCAUUGCAUCCAUCAUAUCCAUCCAUCCAUCAAUAUGAAAAGAACACAAAACAGAACUAUUCAUUUUCCCAACCACUACAGAAUUAUUUAACUCAUGUCAUAACUCUCCAUCAUCUCUUACAGUCACUGAUUUAGCAAGCAUCUGAUGGAAAACUUAUGUAAAUAUUUGAGCUGCUGCUUCUCAUGCGGAGAGGACUCAUCUUCUCAGGCCAUUGACUCCAAUGAGAGGACGCACUUACUUGUUGAUCCUGUGAUAAAUAACACCUCAAUUCAGAGAGUUCACAGUGAUGACUACUUACCAUGUGAUAGUUCGUUACCUAAAAAAACAGACGAACAAUCAGCUCUGAACAGGAUACUUCAGGAGACCGCAACAAAUGUAAUAGAUGUUGCAGCUUUAGGUUCUCACAACUUGGAGCAGCAUGAAUAUUUGGAACGCACAAAUUAUUACACAGCAAAACUUUCAACUCUUGCAAAAUGGUCUUUCCUGAAAAAUCCCCCUAGUCUUCUAGUCGACAUUCCAGUUCCUGAAAAGGUUUUAUCUGCAUCCCCCAUUUCAUCAUUAGAUCUUGAUUUGAUGAAUACAGCGGUUGAAAAGGCCGUCAAUGCCCUUCUAGAUCUGAAACUUGAACCUGGAGAAGACCUGGUGGUUCCGUUUAGAAUACCUUGAGCUUAUAAGAAUCAAAUGUUAAGCUUCGUUUUAAAAACUAAUAAAUUUAUUUUAAUUUUCUUAUACUCUCAUGUGUAAUCUAACGUCGCAAAUAAGAGUGGAUCUAUUUGUCAAGAGAUGCCUCAACUGUUUGAAAUGAGAAAAGGGUCUGCGGUAUCUUUGCUCUCUAGAGUCACAAUGAGGCACUGUAUCAAUCCACAGGUAAUAAUUCUAUACCACCCAUAAAUGUUCCAACAUCCAUAAAAAAAAUAUUCAAAUUGGUCCAUGCUGCACAUUUUGACAACUACAUUUUUUUCGUCUUAAUAAUUUUUUCAUGGAUGUUGUAAUAAUUGCCAUUAAAUUUUAUGGGUAUUCUUUCAAAAUGGUCUCAGAGUUUCAAAAUAAGUGGCAAAAUAAGUUCUAUUAUUUUUUAUAUUGCUAUCUAUUGAGGAUUGUUGGAGCAAGUGUUCGAUAUACAAUGUUCUAGACUUAGAUUUAUUCACAAAUUGAGCGCCUCUAUUUUGUAGCAUAAAACAGAGUAGUUAAAAAGAUAUGAAAAAGAAAGAUAUAAUAGUACAACUCAACCACUUUACACUGCAGAAUAGAUAGUCAGAGAGUAUUAACUUCACUUCCAGCAUGGCUCUUUUAUUUAAGAGAAUAAAUAAUUUUAAGCGACAUUUUCCUCUCAAAAAAUGUUUCUGUUUUCAAAAGUGUUUUGUUUCUCUUUUUAUUAUGUGGUUGUUGUUUGUUACCUUGAUUUUAAAUUGUACAUAGAGACAUGUUUUGAAAUCUCAACAGAAUUAUCAAAAUUUGUUGAAGGAGGAGGAUGAUAGGUAUAUUGUUUCAGAAAUUAAAAUUUUCUUAUAUUGUGUAACACUGUCUGUUGAUUACUCAUACUUAAGCCCUAUCUUUUCCCAAGUUUUCAGGCUCCCAAAUAAUUAUGGGGGCUACUGGGGAGGUUGGUCCAAGAGGAAAUCUUUGUACUUCAAUAUCCCUUGAGGAAGAAAAUUAUUGGAAUCCGGUUUUCACCUCAAAUGGCAAACUUUGAACUUUUGAGAGAAAGAUUUCGACACUGUGUUUCAUGCAUUUUUCCAGUUUUCUAAGGGAGGAAUUUUUUUUAGGAAGAAAACCUUAAAAUAGCAAUUUUUAUUCGGAACCCAAACUAGUUUUUUAAUCCGACCAUUCUACUAACAAGUGGUUGUGGGCUCUGGAGAAACAGGCGGUUUGCGAGUUGCAAAGAAUUGAAGUUGACAAGAUGAGAAAACUGGACGAUACUUGCAGAUGGCGAGAUCUGAGCACAGCAGACAGCUCCAAGAAAGCUUCACCUUCCCCUCUAUAUGCCUUUAGUAUUAGCGAGGCCAGUAACUGCUCAGAGAGAAGUGGAAGAGGAGGUGAUGGGGGAUGUCCUCUCGGAGUUGUCUGCAAAGCUCAGAUCUCAGCAAUCAUUACCAGGAUUUUUUGUUUCAUCAGCUUUAAUUCUUGGUCCAUAUCCACUGAACCCUUUUAUCCCUUAAAAUUCGCAAUCCUUCAUCAAAUGCAUAAUAAGAUUGUAAAAUCUGUCACACAAACUAUAGGUUCAUCACACCAAAUAUAUGUGUAUUCUUUUUGCAAGAAGGCUAUUUGUUCUUCAGGAUUAUUACACCCCUAUGCAUGUUCCAAGAACUGGGUCUCAUGAAUUUCUAAACUGUUCUCUCAUGAAAUAUCCUUUUUGAUCAUACACCAGUUUUAAUUUUCAAUAUCUUGCAAACCUUGAUAUGCCCUAUUCUGAGAGUAAAUAGUUUUGAAAAAACUUCUUUCUUGAAAUCCAAAGCGAACCUUCGAUACCUCCAUCAAGUCCCUCUUUCUUUUUCUGAUAUGCUACUUAUAACUGAUUUUCAUGAGAUUUAUUCUCACAAUGUCUUUGUCGUAUGUGUAUCAUGAUGUUGUUAGUAAACCAUCAUGAGCAUGUGAUGAAUUGAAUUUGUCUCUAUUCUUGUAAGAUUUGAUUCUCCUAAACAACCAACCUCAAAAUAUUAACAUGAAACUCUUAUCUGAUGUAAGCUUACUGGCCUAGAUGAUUUUAUCUCUUGACAGAAUCAUUGCUUAAUCUCCAAAAAUCUCUCUUUUUUUUAUCAAUUCUUAAUGUAGCUUUUUGUGACUCUUGAAUUAACAAAUUGAUAAAUAAUUUUAAGGUUAGUAAGCAAUUGAUGGAAUGUAACUUCUUGAGAAUUAUCGCUUUUUUUAAUGUUUACCAUUUUAAUUUUUAUUCAAUCUGCCAUCUCUUGUUUUUGUUGUUUUUUAUGCCAGAUUAUGAAUUUUAUUUUUACAAAUGUUGAUUGGCUAUGAAUGCGCCUAAGCAUUUACAGCCAUGUAUUUCAUGCAGUAGUUGUAAGUCUGCAAUGUGAAUAUAAAUGUCAAUUCAAAAAUUUUGACCAUCAACAAAGAUUUUUAGCAGAAAAUCA